AUGGCUUCAGCAUCUCUUCUCAAGUCAUCCCCAGUUCUUGACAAGUCUGAGUUUUUGAAGGGCUCAUCUCAGAGUCUCAUUACUCUGCGCCAGGCCUCCCCUGUCUCAGUUCGCAGCUCUCCAUCUUCCCUCUCCAUCAGGGCCUCUUCCUAUGCCGAUGAACUCGUCAAGACCGCGAAAACUGUGGCAUCCCCUGGACGCGGAAUUCUGGCCAUGGACGAGUCAAAUGCCACCUGUGGAAAGCGUCUAGCUUCAAUUGGGCUUGAGAACACUGAGGCUAACCGCCAAGCCUACAGAACACUUUUGAUCACUGCUCCUGGAUUGGGAAACUACGUCUCUGGAGCUAUCCUUUUUGAGGAAACUCUGUACCAAUCCACAACCGAUGGCAAGAAGAUGGUUGAUGUCCUUGUUGAGCAGAAAAUUGUUCCUGGAAUCAAAGUUGACAAGGGUUUGGUGCCACUUGCUGGUUCAAAUGAUGAGUCCUGGUGCCAAGGUCUUGAUGGACUUGCCUCUCGCUCUGCUGCUUACUACCAGGCUGGAGCUCGUUUUGCCAAAUGGCGUACAGUUGUGAGCAUUCCCAAUGGUCCAUCUGCUCUGGCUGUGAAGGAAGCUGCCUGGGGUCUGGCUCGCUACGCUGCCAUUUCUCAAGACAAUGGUUUGGUGCCAAUUGUGGAGCCAGAAAUCCUGCUGGAUGGUGAACAUGGCAUUGACAGGACUUUCGAGGUUGCCCAGAAAGUUUGGGCUGAGGUUUUCUUUUACCUUGCAGAGAACAAUGUUUUGUUCGAAGGUAUCCUGUUGAAGCCUAGCAUGGUUACUCCUGGUGCUGAAUGCAAGGAGAGGGCCACCCCUGAGCAAGUUGCUGACUACACUCUCAAGCUCCUCCACAGGAGAAUCCCCCCAGCUGUUCCUGGAAUCAUGUUCUUGUCUGGUGGGCAAUCUGAAGUUGAAGCCACCUUGAACUUGAAUGCAAUGAACCAAUCUCCCAACCCGUGGCACGUAUCCUUCUCGUACGCAAGAGCACUCCAGAACACCUGCUUGAAGACAUGGGGUGGACGCCCUGAGAAUGUUCAGGCAGCUCAAGAAGCUUUGUUGGUGAGGGCCAAGGCCAACUCCCUUGCUCAACUUGGAAAGUACACCGGCGAAGGCGAAUCAGAGGAAGCUAAGAAGGGAAUGUUUGUCAAGGGCUACGUCUACUAA